UUGCUGGUACUAGGCUAACAAGGUGCUCCGUCCCGUUGGAUACCGUAAACCUUCUGUGUGGCCACGUGCCUUAUGACCGAGCCAACCAUUUACACUCUGCCUUGACUUGUCGUGCUACGCGCAUGUAUACAAGAAAACUAUGACGAGCCACGCAUGCCUCUUCUCUGGCAAACCGCAGUAUGGAAGCAACAUCGAUUAAGCGCUUCAAUCAUAGACUGCUCUGACUCCCGCUUUGCUGUGUUGAUCAGCGGUCUCGAGAACCAGCUACAACACCUGUACGACUACAGAGCCCUCCCCUUUCUCAUUUUGGAAACCUUCAUCGACGAGCUCUUGACCAGGAUUGGAAGAGCAAAGACUGCCGAAUGGACCGUAGAUCCACCACCGACAGUUGCAGAGAGAUUCGACCAUCACGUUGAUCUAAAUCAUCUUUGUCUCGCUUACAUACCAUUUCUGGGCUGGCUCACAGAGUUCGACAUCUUGUGUGAGACCGCAUUCGCCUGCGAUCAAUGUCUUCGAUCUUGUCUAUUGCACAACGCACACAUCGUCCAGGCAACUCUGACAUAUGCAAACGCAGAGCUCAGCCAUCUCAACCAACAACUUCUCUUCCACCUCUGCUUUCAAACCAACAAUUUGCUAUCCUCUCUACAGACAAGCAAGGAAUCUUGCUGUGAUCAUUGCAGUCAAGUCAAGCAUCUGGCUUACAUAGCCUUUAGUCUUCUUCCUAUCGCUGUCAUCCUUACUCUUUCCGCCGUCUUUUUACGUCCUAGAUGGACUUCAAAGUGGAUAUUCUGGCUGUCGAUUGCGGCGUUUAUCUUACAUCUUGUUAUCCGCCAUUACAUACGUGUCACGCUGAGGACGUUCAGACAUACAUUUUUAUCCUACUUUACCGAUUCCAGACAUGCUGCUGGGACUGUCUUGGCCCAUUUAGCAAGACUCUUGACCCCAACUCCGAUAUAAUGGACAGCAGUAAAAUGAGCUGUUUGGUUGACAGGGCACAGAUGUGC